AUGUCUAUGAACUUUUUUAAUUCAAGCGAACCUGCAAGGGACCACAAACCGGACCAGGAAAAGGAAACAGUAAUGACGACAGAACAUUAUGAAUUUGAACGACCAGAUGUCAAAGCUAUACGAAAUUUCAAAUUCUUCAGGCUGGACGAAACAGAAACCAAAAAAGGACCAAACCUUCAUAUUUCGGAUCUAUCCCCUCUUGAAUCACAAUCUGUGCCCCCUUCAGCCUUAAGUUUAAAUCAUUCGAUAAUACCAGACCAAUAUGAACGACGUCAGGAUACACCGGAUCCUAUACACACUCCUGAAAUUUCAUUAAGUGAUUAUUUAUAUGAUCAGACAUUGAGUCCCCAAGGUUUUGACAAUAGCCGUGAAAAUUUCAACAUCCACAAAACAAUCGCCAGUUUAUUCGAAGAUAACUCAUCUGUUGUAUCACAAGAAUCUACUGAUGACACCAAGACAACAUUAUCACUGGAAACAUGUGAUAGCUUUUCAUUGAAUAACGCAUCAUAUUUGACCAACAUUAACUUUGUGCAAAAUCAUUUACAAUACCUUAGUCAAAAUGUUUUGGGAAAUCGCACUUCCAACAGCUUACCGCCAUCAUCAUCAUCACAGAUAGACUUUGAUGCCUCCAAUUUGACACCCGAUUCGAUACCAGGGUACAUUCUCAACAAGAAACUUGGCUCUGUUCAUCAACUGACAGACCUGGUAUACAACGCUAUCAAGAUUCCUCAAAACGAAGAAUACAACUGUUGCACUAAAGCUUCUGCUAGUCAAAAUCCAACAAAUUUGAAUUCUAAAGUGAUAGUGAGGCUAUCACCUAAUAUUUUUCAAAACUUGUCACUUUCGCGUUUUCUUAAUGAGUGGUACAUAUUAUCUGGGAAGCACAGUUCAAAAGAGCACCAAAUAUGGUCCAAUGAGUCUCUCACAAAUGAAUACGUACAAGACAAAACAAUUCCGACAUUUGAUAAAGAAAGUGCACGUUUUAGACCAACGUUGCCCAUAAAUAUACCAGGUAUCUUGUACCCGCAAGAGAUAAUAAACUUUUGUGUGAACAGCCAUGAUUAUCCACUUGAACACCCAUCACAGUCCACUGAUCAAAAAAGAUUUGCCAUGGUGUACCAAGACAACGAUUACAAGACAUUCAAAGAACUCAGCAUGUUCACUUUGCACGAGCUACAAACUAGACAGGGGUCGUAUUCGUCCAACGAGUCACGACGAAAAUCCAGCAGUGGCUUUAAUAUAGGUGUCAAUGCAACCACCACUGAAGCUGGGUCUUUGGAAUCUUUUAGUAAUCUAAUGCAGAAUCACCAUCUUGGUGCAACUUCAACCAACGGAGACCCAUUUCACUCAAAACUAGCAAAGUUUGAGUAUGGAGUUUCCAAAUCCCCUAUGAAGCUUAUAGAGAUUUUGACUGAUAUAAUGAGAGUUGUCGAGACAAUAAGUGUUAUUCAUGAACUAGGAUUUGUUCACAAUGGCCUAACUAGCAGCAAUUUAUUGAAGUCAGAGAAAAAUGUCAGAGAUAUAAAAAUAACAGGAUGGGGGUUUGCAUUCAGUUUUACUGAAAAUUGCAGCCAGGGUUACAGAAAUAAACACUUGGCACAAGUCCAAGAUUUAAUACCUUACAUGGCACCAGAGGUGUUGGCUAUUACAAAUUCGGUUGUGGAUUAUCGGUCGGACUUUUACUCGUUAGGGGUAAUAAUGUAUGAGUUAGUUUUGGGUAUUUUGCCAUUCAAAAAUAGCAACCCCCAGAAAUUGAUCAGAAUGCAUACUUUUGAAAACCCAAUAGCUCCCAGUGCUCUAGCACCAGGUUGGAUUUCAGAGAAAUUGAGUGGCGUUAUUAUGAAAUUGUUAGAGAAGCACCCACAUAACAGAUACACCGACUGCCACUCAUUGCUCCACGAUUUAAUUGAAGUUAAAAAUAUGUACAUUAGCAAAUUAUUGGAUUCAGGGGAAACAAUCCCCAAUAGUAACCUAAAUUUAAGUGAUCGCCAGUACUAUUUGACUAAAGAAAAUUUACUUCAUCCCGAGAAAAUGGGAAUUACUCCUGUACUUGGGUUGAAAGAAAGUUUUAUUGGAAGAAGAGAUUUCUUGCAAAAUGUUACUGAAGUUUACAAUAACAGCAAAAAUGGGAUUGAUUUACUUUUUAUAUCCGGUGAAAGCGGAAGAGGUAAAACGAUAAUAUUACAAGAUCUUCGAGCAGCAGCAGUUUUGAAACAAGACUUUUAUUACUCAUGGAAGUUUAGUUUUUUUGGAGCAGAUACACAUGUGUACCGGUUUCUUGUUGAAGGUGUUCAAAAGAUUAUUACCCAGAUUCUAAAUUCUUCAGAAGAAAUUCAAAAUACAUGGAGAGAUGUGAUUUUGACACACAUUCCUAUAGAUCUAAGCAUAUUAUUUUAUUUGAUUCCUGAGCUAAAAGUACUAUUGGGGAAAAAAUACACUUCCAUUUACAAACAUAAAAUUGGAAUGGGGAUGCUAAAGAGAAGUUUCAAAGAAGACCAAACACUGAGACUAGAGAUUAAAUUGAGACAAAUACUAAAAGAAUUUUUCAAACUUGUAGCGAAACAAGGCUUGUCUAUUUUUUUAGAUGAUGUACAGUGGUGUUCAGAAGAGUCCUGGAGGUUAUUAUGUGAUGUAUUAGAUUUUGAUUCAUCUGGAGAGGUGCGAGAGAGCUAUAACAUCAAAAUAGUUGUGUGCUAUGCUUUGAAUGCAGACCAUUUAGAGAAUGUUAAUAUCGAGCAUAAAAAGAUUUCUUUUUGCCGAUAUGCCAAACAAAGCCACUUAAAUUUGCGUGAGUUUAGUAUACCUCAUAUCCCACUUGAAGACGCUAUUGAAUUUUUGUGUGAACCUUACACGAGACUGCACGAUCAUGAAUGUAACAGUAAAAAGUCUGAUGUAAUUGCCAAUUUAAACUGCACAAAUGAAUAUCCUCAGAACACUUGCAAAGUCAUCCCCAGUAUAAUCCAAGAGUUGUAUCAAUCAUCAGAAGGGAAUGUUUUGCUUUUGAUAUUCCUAACAAGAAUGACAAAGCUAUCUGGCAAAGUUCCCUUUCAACGAUUUUCGGUCAAAAAUUCAUAUCUAUAUGAUCACCUACUGAAUAGUAACUAUGGAACUACAAGAAAAGAGAUUCUUACAAAUUAUUUGAAUAUGGGAACUAACUCAGACACAAGAGCCUUGCUUAAAGUUGCAGCGUUAAUCUCCAAUGGAUCGGGAUUCUUUUUUUCAGAUUUAAUUGUAGCCACCGACUUGCCCAUGGCUGAAGCGUUUCAGUUGUUACAAAUAUGUAUUCAUUCCAGAAUAAUUGUUCCUACUAGCACAUAUUAUAAAAUACCUAUGGAUUUAAUAGCCUCUGACCAGACUCCAUUUGAUUUAACAGAUGAUAAUAUUUGGAAACUAGCCACUUUAUGCAGCUACAAGUUCUAUCAUGAUUCUAUUUGUACUCAUAUAAUCAAAGAAUUAAACGCCAGUGGCGAAUUCAAAGAACUUUCUCGGUUAUGUGGGUUGAGAUUUUACAAUACAAUUACAAAAGAACGUUUAUUAAAUAUUGGUGGCUAUCUUCAAAUGGCUACUCACUUUAGAAACUCAUACGAGGUGGCAGGUCCCGAAGAAAAUGAAAAGUAUGUUGAAGUUUUGGUCCAGGCAGGACGAUAUGCCAUAUCGACAUAUAAUAUGAAGUUGUCUCAAUGGUUUUUCAAUGUUGUUGGCGAAUUGGUAUAUAAUCUUGAUUCGAAAACUCAGUUAAAAUCCGUGUUAACAAUAGCCGAGAAUCAUUUUAAUUCUCGUGAAUUUGAACAAUGCCUAAGUGUGGUUGAAAAUGCACAGAGGAAAUUUGGUUUUGACAGGUUGAUAUUUUCCAUUCAAAUAGUCCGUUGCAAAAUUGAAUUAGGUGAUUAUGACGAAGCACAUCGAAUUGCAAUUGAAUGUCUUAAGGAAUUAGGUGUUCCAUUAGAUGACGAUGACGAAUAUACAAGUGAAAACCUGCUUGAGACGUGUUUGGGAAAAAUUCCGCUCUCUGUUGCUGACAUUAGAGGUAUUUUGAAGAUUAAAAGAUGCAAGAAUUCAAGAACAUUGCUAAUGUAUCAGUUAAUUUCAGAGCUAAUUGUACUAUUCAAGCUUCAAGGUAAAGACAAAGUGAGAAGGUUUCUCACAGCUUAUGCGAUGAGUCAAAUUCAUACUCAAGGGUCUUCUCCUUAUUGUGCAGUAAUUCUUAUAGACUUUGCACAAUCAUUUGUCAACGAAACCACAACUUCAGGAAUGCUUAAAGCAAAAGAACUCAGUAUUGUCAUGUUGUCAUUGAUUAAUAGAGCACCAGAAAUAUCUUUAUCAUAUGUUCAGUCUAUUUAUGAAUAUUAUUUCAGUUGUCAUGCUGUAUUUUUUGAAUCAAUUGAAAAAAUGCUGGAUCUUAUACAUCCAGGUAACGCUAGUUCCCAUUGCACAAGACUGUCUUAUUAUUCAUCUUUUCAUUUGAUAGUUAAUGUUUCCAAGAUUUUCUUUUCAUGUAUGAAUGGAGAAAGUUUCAAAAUGUUCUCAACAUUCAAGUGUAAAUCCUAUUUAACAGGGGAUCCCCAAAUGCCUGAAAUGGACAAUUUUUUAUACGAUAGUGAAAUGUUACUUGCUGGACAUUCAGAAUUGAAUGAAUUUAUGAGAAAAUAUCAGUCAUUCAACCAAACUUCCGUUGGUAAAUUUUGCUACUAUUUAAUUGUACUACUUGUAAUGUCACGUGAACACAGAUUUGACGAGGCUGCCGAUUUGGUUUUGAAAGUUUUGGAAGACUUACUGGAAAAAUUGCCUGUAUCUUUUUUGCAUCAUCAAUAUUACUUAAUAUGUGGUAAAGUGUUUGCUUAUCACCAGACCAAAACCCCAGAAAGUGAGGAACAAGUGGAACGUAUUUUGGCUCGUCAAUUUGAAAGAUAUGAAUUGUGGGCACUGACGAAUAAGCCGACCCUUCUACCACGGUACUUGUUGUUGAGUACCUACAAACAGAUUAGAGAAAACCAUGUUGACAAGUUAGAAAUACUAGAUUCAUUUGAGGAGGCGUUACAGACGGCCCAUAAAUUUCAUAAUGUAUAUGAUAUGUGCUGGAUCAAUUUGGAAUGUGCAAGAUGGUUAAUUAGCAUAAACCAAAAAAGGCACAGAAUCUCAAGAAUGGUUAAACAAGGUCUUAAAAUUUUGAGAAGCUUGGAAUUAAAUAAUCAUUUAAGAUUAGCUGAAUUUGAAUUUGAUGAAUACAUUGAGGACGAAGAUCACAGAAAUAAAUGGGCAGGGUUAACUAAUAAUCCAACAUUGGAUACUGUUACUACCUGGCAACAACAGAACAUGCCCGAUAAGGUAUCUCCAUGCAAUGACAAGCAGUUGGUCCACGGAAAACAAUUUGGCAAAAAAGAGUUUGAUAGCCAUUUGCUCAGAUUGCACUUUGAUGGCCAAUAUACAGGCCUAGAUUUGAAUUCAGCUAUUCGUGAAUGUCUAGCAAUAUCCGAAGCUUUAGACGAAAAUUCCAUUCUCACAAAGUUGAUGGCAUCUGCCAUCAAGUAUUCAGGUGCCACAUAUGGGGUAAUUGUCACGAAGAAAAACCAGGAGACACCUUUUCUUAGAACAAUUGGCUCGCAGCACAAUAUUCACACAUUAAACAACAUGCCAAUUUCCGACGACAUUUGUCCUGCUCAGUUGAUUCGUCAUGUAUUGCAUACAGGAGAAACGGUGAACAAAGCUCAUGAUCACAUAGGAUUUGCUAACAAGUUUGAGAAUGAAUACUUUCAAACAACAGAUAAAAAGUAUUCAGUUGUGUGUUUGCCAUUAAAGAGUCUGCUUGGAUUAUUUGGUGCACUUUAUCUAGAAGGUAGUGAUGGUGAUUUUGGACAUGAAGAUUUGUUCAAUGAAAGGAAAUGUGAUUUGUUACAACUUUUUUGCACACAAGCAGCUGUGGCUUUGGGUAAGGAGCGUUUGCUUUUGCAAAUGGAACUAGCAAAAAUGGCAGCAGAAGACGCCACUGAUGAAAAAGCCAGUUUUUUGGCAAACAUGUCACAUGAAAUACGAACCCCAUUCAAUUCGUUAUUGUCAUUUGCUAUUUUUUUGUUAGAUACCAAAUUGGAUUCUACUCAAAGAGAAUAUGUCGAGGCAAUUCAGAGCUCCGCAAUGAUAACGUUGAAUAUUAUUGAUGGGAUACUUGCGUUUUCCAAAAUUGAGCAUGGAUCCUUUACAUUAGAAAAUGCCCCCUUUUCUUUGAAUGAUUGUAUCGAGACUGCUAUUCAAGUAAGUGGGGAAACAAUUUUGAAUGACCAGAUUGAGUUGGUGUUUUGUAACAAUUGUCCAGAGAUUGAAUUUGUGGUUGGUGAUCUAACGAGGUUCAGACAAAUUGUGAUCAAUUUGGUGGGUAAUGCUAUUAAGUUUACAACCAAAGGUCAUGUUUUGAUUUCUUGUGAUAGCCGAAAAAUUACGGACGACAGAUUUGAGAUCAAUGUGUCAGUUGAGGAUUCAGGAAUUGGAAUUUCCAAAAAAUCUCAAAAUAAAGUGUUUGGAGCAUUUUCUCAAGUAGAUGGUUCCGCAAGACGAGAAUAUGGUGGCUCUGGAUUAGGUUUAGCUAUAUCAAAGAAAUUGACUGAACUAAUGGGUGGCACAAUUAGAUUUGAAAGUGAGGAAGGGAUUGGCACAACGUUUUAUGUUAGCGUCAUUAUGGACGCAAAAGAAUACUCAUCCCCGCCAUUUAGUUUAAAUAAAAAAUGUUUGAUUUACAGCCAGCAUUGUCUUACUGCCAAGUCAAUUUCAAAUAUGCUUAAUUAUUUUGGAUCAACAGUUAAAGUCACUAAUCAGAAGUCUGAGUUUUCAACUUCCGUGCAAGCCAACGACAUCAUUUUUGUUGAUCGCGGAAUGGAACCUGAUGUUAGUUGCAAAACCAAAGUCAUUCCCAUCGACCCAAAACCUUUCAAAAGAAACAAACUCAUUAGUAUUCUCAAAGAACAACCAAGUUUGCCCACCAAAGUGUUUGGAAACAACAAAUCUAAUUUAUCAAAACAAUACCCUCUAAGAAUAUUAUUAGCAGAAGACAAUCUUUUGAACUAUAAAGUAUGUUUGAAGCAUUUGGAUAAAUUGGGGUACAAGGCAGAUCAUGCCAAAGAUGGAGUAGUAGUUUUGGAUAAAUGUAAAGAACUACUAGAAAAAGACGAAAAAUAUGAUGUCAUAUUGAUGGAUAUUCAAAUGCCUCGUAAGGACGGUAUUACAGCUACAAGGGAUUUGAAAACAUUGUUUCACACACAAAAAAAGGAAAGUUGGUUACCCGUGAUCGUAGCAUUGACAGCUAAUGUUGCUGGAGACGACAAAAAGAGGUGUCUAGAAGAGGGAAUGUUUGAUUUUAUAACCAAACCCAUUUUACCAGAUGAACUUAGACGUAUUUUAACAAAAGUAGGGGAAACAGUGAAUAUGUAA